AUGGAGGCAACCACAACGACGACUUCUCCUCCGAAAUUCUCCCGGUACCGAACAGUGAGGGCGCGCGCAGCGACACUACAGACGUUAUCAUCACAGUCUGACCACGAACAACCCGCAGCACCACCACUGCCCAAAGCCUCGACCUUCGCUCAUGCCGACUCGGGCGUCAAGAGGGCACCUUCACGCUAUCGGCGCAACAAUGCCAUAAAAGACGUGACUUCUCCUCCGCUUCCUUCGGCGCCAUUGCCGAAGAUUCAAGACGAGCACGCGACACCAACAAGUCCGAGCCAGCGAGCACAGUAUUCAAGUGAUCGGCACGAGAAGAAGGGUUCUCACGCGCACAGGGAUCUAGGCGCGGUCACGCGGAUCCAACAACAUGGACAAGUGCCACAUUCACAGCAUAGAGAUCGAUCCAGGCAGAAUGGCCACGCUCAACAACAGACCCUGAUCGACCCACCAGACCAGAGAUACGACAGAGCACGAGAGGAAGCGCGGCUCAUCUUGGAGGGAGAAUACGACCGCUUGCAUAGGCUGAAGAAACAAAGCGAGAGACAGAAUCGUGCGGUUGGGCAAACAGCGCCCGAUCUGAGCCGUAGAAGACGUUCACCACCGCGAGAGACGAAAGGCGAGGAGCAGGGUGUCGCUGAUACUACGAAACAGGCGAGUACGGAGCAAGAAGUUGCCCUGCCGACGAAGCAGUCCCCCGCCACUCCCAAGCAGAAGUUUGCACGACUGAGGCAGCGGAGUGAGCCAGAAACGGCGCAGCGGACAGUUCCGGUUCCUGCUGAAGUGCCAGACAGCACCACGGUCCCAGCCGCUGUCGCCGCGCCCGAAAGUGUUCCACCGACAACUACUCUCGCUGCCGCUCCCGCCUUUGACGCUCCCCUUUCCGCUGUCAACGCAGGCGACCGACGUGUAAGGGUCCGAUUCCAUACCUCUGAGAUCACUCUUCCUGUCACAACUUCCACGACCGCCAAGGAUCUUUUAAACUCAGCAUCGGUAGUGCUGUCCAAUGCUCCAGACCCGCGCACCGCCACCCUGCUCGAAUCCUUCACUACAGAUGCUCUUGCCCUUGAGCGACCUCUCCGACGCUACGAGCGAAUUCGAGACGUGCUCAACUCCUGGGACAGUGACACACAGAAUCACCUCUUCAUUCUUGGCAACGGUGACGACGACGAAGAAUCGACGGUCAAGCUCCAUGGUCUGGACUUCAAGGACGUCCCGACCAAAGCAGGCCGCGAUAUCACGCUCCAGAUGUACUACGCCUCCCGACCCGGCCGGUGGGACAAACGUUGGGUACGGCUGCGCGAAGACGGACAAGUCACGAUUUCCAAGAACGAGUCUGGACUGGAGAGCACGAACAUUUGCCACCUUUCCGACUUUGACCUGUACGCGCCGACAAGAAAGCUGAUCAAGCGUUUGAAGCCACCAAAGAAGACUAUCUUCGCAGUCAAAUCGCAGCAAAAGAGCGCAAUGUUUCUCGAAGCUCAUGGUGCGAACUUUGCGCAUUUCUUCUGUUCUGGGACGAAAGAGGUAGCUGAUCAAUGGUAUGCGGCUGUGCAUGGCUGGCGAAGCUGGUAUCUUGUCAAUGUUCUGGGCGAAGGAAAAGUGCCGCAAGCGGGCACAGGCGAAGUGCUUGGUGACAGAGCGGCCCACCUGAAACGGCCGGGUACAAGUGCAAGUGCUGAUACGGUGCCGUACCAAUUGGGCAGCUUUAAGCCUUUGCUGGACUUUGACAUGCUUGCUGCGGGAAGUGGCGGUUCUGAUGAUGGCAAUGGUGGUUUGGGCAGAAGAAGCACGGACGCAAGGCAUCGACGAGGUGCAUCAGAUGUAACGCAUGGCGGAGUUUCAACAAGUCCCAAAAGAUCUGGCACUGUGCGUCGAGGGCACCCUGCUGCGGCGCCGCCGAGCUCGUACCCAAUGCAUACAGCCGCACAGCCUGGUGUUCCAGGUCAGCCGCUGCAUGCACCGGCACACGAUACAGCUUUCACAGGCAGAGGCUUGCUCGCCGCCCACGCUUUUACAACUUCAGGCCCUGCUGGACAACACGACCCGCUACCAAUUUGUGAAGAUUCGGAUCAAGCAUUUACAGGGCAGGGUCUGCUAUCACGGCACGCCACGCAGCGCGCUCAGGGAGGCAGAGGCACUGGCAGAGGUGUGGCAGGUGCUCGGCCAGGGCAGCCCCUGGUCGAUAUGACGCCCAACAGUGACUUUGCGGAUGGGAGUCUAUUGAGGAAGCUGGAGGGCUGGCGGGUGUGA